AUCUUCCUUUCUCUCUCUUAUCUACCUUCUCUUACAAAGUACAAACCCAGAAAACACAGUAAUAAACGUCUCUUUCUCCCCAUGUGAUCUUGAAUUGACUUUUCUUCUUCUUUUUUCAUCUUUCAAAUUUGAGGCUUCGACCUGCUUAUCUUGGUUUUUAAUCUUUCUGGAAACAGGAGAGUACAGAGACCACUUUUGGUGUUCUUCUUUUCCAACCCUUUCAGGUAACAGAAUUGGAUUGGUUCUGGUGAGAGAGAGAUGAUGAUGUUUAACGAGAUGGGUAUGUAUGGAAAAAUGGAUUUCUUCUCUUCCACAUCACUGGGAGAAAUCGAUGUGUGUCCAUUGCCACAAGCUGAACAAGAUCAUCCAGUGGUUGAAGAAGACUACACCGAUGACGAGAUCGAUGUUGAUGAGCUUGAGAGAAGGAUGUGGAGAGACAAAAUGCGUCUGAAACGUCUCAAGGAGCAGCAAGGGAAGUGUAAGGAAGGAGUCGAUGCUUCGAAGCAGAGACAGUCACAAGAGCAAGCUAGGAGGAAGAAAAUGUCUAGAGCACAAGAUGGGAUCUUGAAAUACAUGUUGAAGAUGAUGGAAGUUUGUAAAGCUCAAGGCUUUGUUUACGGUAUCAUCCCUGAGAAAGGCAAACCUGUGACUGGUGCUUCCGAUAAUCUACGGGAAUGGUGGAAAGAUAAGGUCAGGUUUGAUCGUAACGGUCCAGCGGCUAUUGCCAAAUACCAAGCAGAGAACAAUAUUUCAGGAGGGAGUAAUGAUUGUAAUAGUUUGGCUGGACCAACACCACAUACACUUCAGGAGCUUCAAGACACGACUCUUGGAUCUCUUUUAUCGGCUUUGAUGCAACAUUGUGAUCCUCCUCAGAGGCGGUUUCCUUUAGAGAAAGGUGUUUCUCCACCGUGGUGGCCUAAUGGGAAAGAAGAGUGGUGGCCUCAACUUGGUUUACCAAAAGAACAAGGUCCUCCUCCUUACAAGAAGCCUCAUGAUUUGAAGAAAGCUUGGAAAGUCGGUGUUUUGACUGCAGUUAUCAAGCAUAUGUCGCCUGAUAUUGCGAAAAUCCGUAAGCUUGUGAGGCAAUCGAAAUGCUUGCAAGACAAGAUGACUGCCAAAGAGAGUGCUACUUGGCUUGCCAUUAUUAACCAAGAAGAGGUUGUGGCUCGGGAGCUUUAUCCCGAGUUAUGUCCUCCUCUUUCUUCUUCCUCCGUGGGAAGUGGGUCUCUUCUCAUCAAUGAUUGUAGCGAGUAUGAUGUUGAAGGUUUUGAGAAGGAACAAGACGUGGAAGAGCGAAAACCAGAGAUAGUGAUGAUGAAUCCUGCAACAAGCUUUGGAACUGGUAAAAUGCAGCAACAGUUUCCUGUAAAGGAGGAAGUCGUGGCCACCAUGGGAAACUUGGAAUACGCGAGAAAGAGGAAGCCGAACAACGAUCUGAAUGUUAUGAUAAUGGACAGACCAAGUUUCACUUGUGAGAAUGGUCAGUGUCCUCACAGCAAAAUCAAUAUGGGAUUUCAGGACAGGAGCUCUAGGGACAAUCACCAAAUGGUUUGUUCAUACAGAGACAAUCGCUUAGCUUAUGGAGCAGCUUCGAAGUUUCAUCAUAUAGGUGAAGUGAAACCAGUAGCUGUGUCACAACAGUCGCAACCCUUUCCUCAGUCAGUCCAACCGAUCGACCUAUCAGGCUAUGGAGUCCCGGAAAACGGGCAGAAGAUGAUCACCGAGCUAAUGGCCAUGUACGACAGAAAUCUCCAACCAAAUCAAAGCAUGAGCAUUGAUGCAAAAGCAGCUCAGAAUCAUCAAGAACAGCAGCUGAGUCUCAACCGGAAUCAGAUGUUUAUGCAACAAGGGAACAGUGGGAUUAAGCUUGAUAACAAUGGGUUUCAAAUGGUGUUUGAUUCGACACCGUUUGAUAUGGCAUCAUUUGAUUACAGAGAUGAUUGGCAAGCAGGAGUGAUGGAAGGAAUGGGGAAGCAGCCGCAAGAUGUACCAAUAUGGUUCUGAUUUCUGAAUAUAAUCUCUUCUCUGUAACAAUUCUUUAUUAAUAACUUUGGAAACUCUCUGUUACUUAACUUGGGGUUUGUAUUCUAUUGGCACCAACACUCAUUAUUGUUGAUGAUGAUGAUGAAGCUAUCUAUAUUUUUUUUGGUCUUU